AUGGGAAACGCCUGGUGUAGAAGGGGGGGAGGGGAGGAGGAGGAGGAGGAGGAGGGGGAGGAGGAGGAGGAGGAGGAGGAGGAGGAGGAGGAGGAGGAGGAGGAGGAGGAGGAGGAGGAGGAGGAGGAGGAGGAGGAGGAGGAGGAGGAGGAGGAGGAGGAGGGGGAGGAGGAGGAGGAGGAGGAUUUACAGAAAAUGAUUCUCCAAUAA